GGUCCCGUGACCGUGUGGUCGCGAGAACUGUCGGCUUGUGGGCGUCUGCGCCGAGAAACCGAAGUGUAGGUGACGGUUCCGAGACAUCGCCGCCAAGCUGGGCACCGGGGAGAUGGCCGAGACGGACCCCAAGACCAUGCAGGACAUCACCUUGGUGGUGGAGACGCUCUUGCAGCAGAUGCAAGACAAGUUUCAGAUCAUGUCAGACCAGAUCAUCGGAAGGAUAGAUGACAUGAGCAGUCGGAUCGACGACCUGGAGAAGAAUAUCGCUGACCUCAUGACCCAGGCUGGAGUAGAAGAACUGGACCCUGAGAACAAGAUUCCUACUGCCCAGAAGAGUUGAAGGCUGCCGGUACUGAAUCCAGAACGUCGUUGUCCCGAGCCAAGACAAAACCAAGUGGCUUUCUGCAACUAACUCCUAUGUGUGGACAGGUUUAUAAACGUGCAUUCUUAUCACAGCCUGCAUAGCCUAGAGUACCCCUACCCCGAUCCCUCAAACUUGCUAUCUUCACAUCCUGGUCAGUUCUAUUAAUUAUUAAACACUAAAAUUUUGGCGGUUUCUGGAUACGAUUGUCAAACGUUUUAGUGAUUUUUUUCCCGAGGUCCCCUCCCCACUGCUCCUCUGUGGUAGUUGCUGUGUGAUAAAGUGGCAGAGUACUCGUGAUUACGUGACUGCAGCCCCUCCCCUGGCAGAAGCCGCGCGUGAGACAUGAGUGUGUAGGGUUCUUUGAUUUUCAGUGCAAAGUGACUGUUGAGCCACCCGCCACUGGAGUGUCAGAAGUACUUCUCCAAAUGGCCCAGAACAUUUAAUAGUUGUUUGUGCCGAAGUGUCUAUCAGAGUUUUGCAUGAGAUUCUAGUAGCGUUGGUAGGACCUGCCAUGCUCAUCCGACAGGGUAUCAGAGCCCAGUGACCCUGUCCUCCCUUCAAGCUACUGACUGAAGAAAGGGAAGAGACCAAAAGACCCAAGUGAGCCCACCCCUGUCAGCAAGGCUGAAAAAUGCCCUUUGACUUGUGGGAGGUGCUGGUUUUUAAGAAACACUAUUUUACUUGAACUAUUUCUUGUCUAAAUUCUUGCACAAUGAGUUCUAUUAUUGAUUAAAGAAGACAGAUUUACAUUCAGGAUUCUGGUGUCUGGAGGCUUAGCCUCAAAGCCAGUUUUGAUGACUUAGAAGGCAGUCUAUGUCACUGUCCCCACAAAGUGAUUUCAUACAAUAAAAAGCAAGAGUAAUUAAA